AACAUCUGCUCCUCUACUUCCUGCUUCCCCGGUCCGCCCACAGUCACCUGUUCUUCGGGUGUUUGCAAACAUCUGCCCGUCCUCCGUGGUCCCGCAGCUCCGUCCAGGAUGGGGGAGAACGACGACAGCGACAUUAUCGAGCACCACGUCGAGGAGGAGAUGGAGAAGAAAGCCAGGAUCCGCGGCCUGUCCUCCCCGCUGCUGGACAAACUCAGUCCGUCCGAGAGAGAGGGCCACAGCAGCACCCAGUCCUCCCACAGACUGCUGGCCUACAGCGAUGCCCUCAUCUCUAUCAUUGCCACAGUCAUGAUAUUGCCGGUUGCCCACACCAAAGUGGAAGAUAAUGAGGAGUUGAGGGAGAGCGUUCAGCUGCUGCUAUCGACGAAGAUCGCCGUUUACCUGAUGACCUUCCUGAUCGUGACGGUUGCCUGGGCCGCUCAUAUCAGGUUAUUCCAGGUCAUUGCUCACAUUGACGAUUGCCUCGCUCUGCUUAACCUUGCCUGCAUGAUGCUGAUAACCUUCCUGCCGUACACUUUUUCCUUAAUGGCAACCUUCCCUGAGAACAUCCUCGGGAUUUUACUCUUCUGUGGUUGUGUGAUGGUGAUUGGGGUGAUUCAGUCGGUGAUUGUGCUGUACGCCUUCAGCCGGCCCUUCCUGCUGAACGAACAGAUCCAGAUCUCAGAGAACCUGACCUACUAUAAACAUCACAUCCUCAAGGUCAUCAUGAGGGUUCCCAUCAUGUGCUUCUUCGCCAGCAUCUUCUCCUUCAUCUUCUUCCAGCUGUCUUACGUUCUCCUAGCCAUCAUCAUCUUCCUGCCUUACAUCUCCCAGAGCCUGAAAUGGUGCCGCAGCAAAGCAAUCGGUCAGGUGGAGGAAACGCCGGACUCCAUGUUGUUUUACACAUACCUCCCCAACGAGCCGCUCAGCAAGGAGCGAGUCGAGGCUUUCAGCGACGGCGUUUACGCCAUCGUAGCAACGCUUCUCAUCCUAGACAUUUGUGAGGACAACGUUCCGGACCCGGCGGUGGUGCAGAAGCAGUUUGGCGGCAGCCUGGUUGCCGCCCUGCAGGCCUACGGCCCGGAGUACCUCGCCUACUUCGGCUCCUUCGCCACCGUCGGCCUCCUCUGGUUCGUCCACCAUUCCCUCUUCCUCCACGUCACCAAGGCGACGCGCUUCAUGGGCCUGCUGAACACCUUCUCUCUGGCUUUUGUUGGCGGUUUGCCGUUAGCCUACCAGCUAACGCACGAGUUCCCGCGCAACUCCCAGAACGAAAUCGAAGCCAUUCAGAUCAGCUGUGUGAUCGUUUUCUUCGCCGGGAUAUUCCAGCUCUCAAUCUGGGUGGUGGCGCUCUACAGCGAACAGGAAACCUUGCACCCUUACGUCUGGUACGGCGGACGGGAGCACGUGUUCAUGCUAGCUAAGCUAGCUUUGUAUCCCUGUGUCGCCUUGGGGACAUUUUUCCUGUCCUGCAUCUUAAGUAAAUUUAGCACCUCCAUCUUCCACCUGAUGGAGAUCACGGUGCCUUUCGCCUUUCUUGUGCUGAGGCUCUUGGUACGCAUCGGGCUGGCACUGCUUCGCUUCAUUUUCUGUCCCAACCGGUCCGAUCUGACGACCGUUGUGGACGAUGAAGCGGACGAAACGCGAGUACCGUUUAAUGCUGUAGUUACCUAGAAGUUUCCCGAUUGGGUCUGUGGAGUAUUGCUGCUAAAAGGUUUGGCCACUGAAAGAAACCCCUGGUGGGUUUAUAUCCAGAACAAAGUGGAUAGAACCGUCUUCCUUUUCUAUUAGUUGUUUGUUCAUAUCUGGAGCACAAGUGGGAUUAAACCCUGAAGGCGAAAUCUGGAUCGUAGAUGUAAAGGAAGCUCUGAUAGAAACUGCUCUGAUGCAGUUAUCUAAGGUUCGUUCAUUCAUUCAUUCAUUUUUCUUUUCAGUUUCCACCUGUGUGAUUAGCAGCCGUUUUAACCAGAGGUGGGUAGUGUACUCAAAAAUUGUACUCAACUAAGUAGCAUUACUGUAACAUAUUUGUACUGAAGUAAAAGUAAAAAAUAUCCAUCCAAGAAAUUACUCAAGUAACAGUAAAAAGUACAGCAUAGGAGAAGUAUUCCUAAAAGUACUCAAGUACAUGUAGCCAGGUAAAUGUAACCAGUUACUACCCAUCUCUGGUUUUGGUUUUGUAUAAAACAUCCAGGCAUCCAAAUGGGAUUCUCUUAGCAUGUUUAUAUUUUUGUGUUUUAUCUCAAUCAGGAUCUGAAGGUUUGAUUGGGAAUCUGUUUUCUGAGCUAAAUUAUUUUCUUACAGGAUUAGUUCAGAUAAUUUGUGGUGAGAGAAACCUACCUUUCCUUGGUAUUUGGCAGAAUUGUAUUUUCUUCUGUAUAAUUUGAGUUUCCUUUAAUCAGAACUGCAGAAACUGAGUCAAGACAGGCUUUUUUUAUUAUUAUUAUUUUGCGCAGCACAGACUGUUUCCUUACUGAUCCAUUUUGUUUUUGCGUAUGCUCAGUGAAGCUGGUUACCUUUCUGGUUAAUGUUUUUUCUUUGUUUUGCUCCAGAGUAACACACUGAAUUUGGUCGUAGCAGCCGCAGAUCUGACAUUUUUCAGAUUAUAGAUUUUUUUCAAGGCCUGAAACAAAUGGAGGAAUGUCCUUAGGAAAUUAGCGGCACUUUGAUCAGGAAGUUGGAAGGUUAAUCUUGGUUACGUCAACAGCAACGGAGGCGUCGGAGUCUGUAGUGGCGAAAGAGGAUGAACCAAAGAGAAACUUUGGAAAUAUCUGGUUCAUAAAUGUUCUCAUUUGGAGUCAUGAGACAUUUGGUUUUGAUAUUUUUGCCCCCAUUGUUGGGAGCUAUUAGCUCCUGAGGGCCAAAAUCUUUAAGUCGGAAGGACUUUUGGGCCACAAAAUGUAUGUUUUGUGACUUUUUUUAAAGUUUUCCACUUAGUAAUUUAGAUUUAAAUCGUAGAAACGUAAAAACAGUUUUACACAAUAUUAUAAGACAGGCACACAGUUGAUUAUUUUCUUUAUUUGUGUUUGCAGAAAUGUCAUUAUAAAUGGACAAUUUGUUUUUUGUACCUUUUUUUUCUUUAAUAAGAUUUUAGUUAUCUGUAAAACAUGUUUCUCUACAAGUGUCCAUUUCCAUCAACCUCCUAUGGUUGCAAUGAGGUCAGGGGCCACAAAAAAUCCUUCAGAGGGCCACAAAAGGCCCCCACGCCACACCUUGGACACCUGUAGGUCAAAUCUAUUGUUAUUUUGGUUUAAAUGAAGAUGUCAAGAUUUAAAGAAGAUACUAACUGCUCAUAAACUUUCCACAGAACCAGACUGAAAGCUUAAUGCACUUUAAAACCCGUACUGAGAAAGUAGAGCCAUAAAACUCAUCACUGCACUGUUUUAUAUUGAUUUCAUACAAUUCAAUUCAACAACUUAUAAAUCACUUCAAAUGAACAAUUAAUCAAAAACUAAACAUCAAAUGUUUCAGAGACAGAAACCGUGAAACAUACGGAGAGUUUUUACUGUGUUGCAUCAACACUGGAACCGGAAACGGUUCCUUCCUUCUUCCUGUAGUUCACUUUGUUUUUUUUAUUUUCUUCUAUUUAUUAUUUUUCAAAUCAAUGAUGGUUGUGGAUUUGACAUCAAAACAACUUAAAGAGGGAUCCUGUGCAUUUGUCCAGCAGGGGUCACUGCUAUUAUAAAUAAAUAAUGCUUAAAUACUGAUAUUGUCAUAAAAAACGUUUUAAUACAGACUCAAAGUGGAUUUAAAACCAACGUGCACUUUAAUUAAAACCUAUAAAAUUAUGUUCAUCUUUUUUUCUUUGUAUUUUGACUUUAUCUUGUAUUUCUUUUGUUUUUGCACUCUUUUCCAUUCAGAACCAGAUCCUGUUGAGAAGGGACCUUUUUUUUUUAUUUCAGUGAAGGACUGAAAAGCCAUUAAAUGUUUGGUUGCAAAACGACGUCAACUUCCUGAAUAUGAAUGUUUGUGGCACAUGAUGCAGAUCAAUAAAAAUGAACUGUCAAGCUUUGUUUUUGUGAUUUGUCAUCUUUAAGGUCACAAUAAAAUAGACAUUUGCUUUAAAGAAACAAAUUUAUUCAUUUGGUUACAGUAAACUGCUUCAUGUCAUCUCUAAAACAACAUCAGUGUUCACUUUACACGUUUGUAUUGCUCGGUUCCUUCAGUAGAUGAAGAUUUGAUCCAAAAGGCUGAAUGCUGUCAUUUCGGCAACCAAUCGACCAAAACACACAAAUUAAACCAGCAGCAUAAAGUUCAGAACCUAAACGUUUGGGUCGCAAUAGCUUUGUGCUUUCUGGUCUUUACAUUUAUGUCUGCAUGGCCGUUAGAUCCAUAAAUUACGUUAAAAAAAAAUAAAAUAAAAAAUGAAACCUUGAGAGAGUGGCUGGAAUAAAAUCAUUUUUUAAACUUGAUUUUGUCUCCUGGCUGUUAGAAUCUGUUGCUGUCAAUUUAUUUUAUUUUUCUUUUUGACAAUUUGGCCUCUGAAUUUUCACAUACACUGCAAAAAAACUUAAAAUCUUGGCAAGUAAUUUUGGUCUAGUUUCUAGUACAAAUGUCUAAUUACACUUGGAAUGAGACAAAACCAACUUGUAAGCAACUUUUUAAUAAGAUAAAAGAGCUUGUUUGGAGUCAAUAAUUCCUUAAUAUUGAUGAAAAAGUUCUAGUAUUUUACUUACAACAUGGGAAAAAGGCAUAUUUAGAAGUAAAAUAUUCUGUAAAUUGAACUACUUUCUUCAUCAAUAUUAAGGAAUUAUUGACUGAAAACAAGCUCUUAUAUCUUGCUAAACAGUUUUAAGUAAACUUAAAAAUGUUAAGCUGCUUAAAGUGAAGGACUGUAAUGUUUUCUGUAUGUUUCCACCAGCAAAAUAGGAAAAAUAUGUUGUAUUUUGCCAAAUAAAAAGGAAAUCCACUGUUACAUUCAGAAUCACAUUUUUACUAUUAAAAAAACUAAAUAUUUUUAUACAUUCUUACCAAACUUCUGCACUAAAAUAAAAAUAAAAUCCUGACCUAUCCCUUUAAGUAUCCCAGAGGCUCUCUACAGAUUCUGUAAAAAUGAGCUUAAAACUGUGUAAAAAUGUAAAUAAUAGUGUUGCAGAUUUUGCUUCAGUGUCUUGAAAAAGCAGCAGUUACAGAACAUUUACAUCUGGUCCCGUUAAUCUCAGAGGAAAACACUCAGAACCGCUUAAACCAAUAAAUUAGAACCGUCAAGAACAAAAACUGACAUGUGAAUUAGCUCUCUGCUUUGGGUUGUUGUUUUAGAGAGGGAUCCGACUCACUGGCGCCCCCCGGAGGUCCCCGGACGGAAGUGAGCUGUGAUCAACCUUUGGUAAACAUUUCUCUCUGGUUUGGAUGCGAGAGCGUGGCAACAUGCUUUGUAACGCAUCGUUUGACUCGACCAGAAUGGUAGACAUGGAAACAGCAUUUUUAAUAAAACCUUCUAGUGUUUACAGAUUAAUAUUGAUGCAUUUACUGUACAGAGAAAACAAACCGUACCGAUGCUUCACACCAUCUUACAUUCAUAAUUUACUCUUAUAAACAUUGAUUUGAUGUAACCCUACCUUCUCAAAUCAAUUUGAUUUAACCGUCCCGCAGCACAACCCGCCUCCACCUUACAGUGCAACCACAAAGGAAGCGCUAGGCUUUCAUUAAAGGAACAUUUCAUGUUUAAAGAUGGAUCAGAAGAUAAAUUCCUGUAAAGCUCACACAAAAGCAUGUUUUGGUGAAAAAAAAAAGAGUAAA